AUGCUGGGUUGUGCACAGUUACUCACUGGAUAUGGGAAGAGGCUAAAAUUGGAAAACGAUGUACUCGAAAUUAUUGAAGCGCGCAAAAGAGUCGUGCCUAGCACUGAGAUUAUCUCACAAGAAAACUUCUCUUGUAAGCUCGUUUUCGCCCAAAGUCAUACAUUUCGAAGUCCCUCUGUAAACUCCCUCCAUUUCUCCUCGAGCAACACAACAACAAUGGCGGCGAAGGAUCUCAAAGUCGACGAACUUCGGGCUGAGCUCACGAAGCGCGGCCUCAGCACCGCCGGAAUUAAGUCUAUUCUGGUUCGGAGGCUUGAAGCCGCUCUUCAAGACGAGAAGCAAAAAUUGGUGGAUUCGAACUCCAAUUCGAGCUCCAGCCGCAAGAGGCGGAGGGAUUCCGAAAUCACGGAUGCUGAUACGGAGGCGCCUGGGAAAAUGAAGGCCAUGGACGAGCUGCGAGGGAUGAAUUUGAAGCAGCUUCGUGAAGAGGCUUCGAGUAGAGGAGUUUCUGCUGCUGGAAGUAAGAAGGAGCUUCUAGAGAGGCUCUGUGCUGGAGGUGCCAACGAUUUAAGCAACAAUGGCGAAGGACAGAAUAUGAGAAUGUUGCCAGUGACAUGCAUGACUUUUAUGAUGGUUAGUCAGUUAUACUCCACUGAUUGGUCAUACCUAAUUCCAGUAUCUUGGGUCAUUUUGAUGAUGAUAGAUGAUAGCAAAGACGGGAAUGCCGGCUCCCAUGCACUGCAGAAAGUAAAGACCAUUGAUGACAUGCGAGGAAUGAAUAUAAAGCAGCUUCGAGAAGAAGCUGGCACACGAGGACUUUCUGCUGUUGGCACGAAAAAGGAGCUGCUGGAGAGAUUGUGUGCUGAUAACGAUGAUGUCUCAAAUGACAAUGAUACUGAGGAAAAGAAAGAGAAAUUAGUCACAGCCACCAAGAAAGGUUCAGCUGUCUUGGAUAAAUAUCUUCCAGACCAUAUUAAGAAGCAGUACCAUGUCUUGCAAGUAGGUGAUGACAUUUAUGAUGCCAUGUUGAAUCAAACAAAUGUUGGGGAGAACAAUAACAAGUUUUUUGUCAUUCAAGCUCUAGAAUCUGAUGAUGGCGGCAAAUUCAUGGUCUAUUUUAGAUGGGGAAGAGUAGGUGUGAAGGGUCAAGAUAAAUUAAGUGGGCCUUACAGCUCACAGCAAGCUGCGAUCUCUGAGUUUGAGAAAAAGUUUUUUGACAAGACCAAGAAUCGUUGGAUCAAUAGGAAAGAGUUUGUUAGUCAUCCACGCUGCUAUACUUGGUUAGAAAUGGACUAUAGUGAGACCCAAAAUAAUCGAGCAGUUAAAUCAAAGCCAGAAUCUACAACAAGGCUGGAACCUAAAGAGACAAAGCUGGAAGCACGGAUUGCAGAUUUCAUCUCUCUCAUCUGCAACAUGAGCAUGAUGACACAACAGAUGAUGGAAAUUGGAUACAAUGCUGACAAGUUACCUCUGGGUAAAUUGAGCAAAUCGACAAUUUUAAAGGGUUAUGAUGUCUUGAAAAGAAUUGCUGAUGUGAUUGCCAAUGCUGAUAGGAAGACGCUAGAGCAAUUAAGCGGGGAAUUUUACACUGUGAUCCCCCACGACUUUGGUUUUAAGAAAACAAGUCUGUUCGUCAUUGACACCCCUCAAAAACUAAAACACAAGUUGGAAAUGGUUGAAGCACUUGGUGAAAUUGAGGUUGCAAUGAAGUUAAUUGAGGAUGGUACUGAUAUGGAGGAUCCCCUGUACUCGCAGUAUAGACUGCUUCACUGUGACCUGGUGCCACUUGAAGUUGCUUCUGAGGAAUUUUCCAUGAUUCAGAAAUACACGAAAAACACUCAUGCAAAGACACAUUCCGAUUAUGAUGUUGACAUCGUUCAGAUAUUUAAGGUCUCAAGAGAGGGAGAAGCUGAAAGGUUUGAGAAGUUUUCAAGGACAAAAAACAGAAUGCUUCUGUGGCAUGGCUCCAGACUCACCAACUGGACGGGAAUUUUGUCCCAAGGUUUGCGCAUUGCUCCUCCCGAAGCCCCGGUAACAGGUUAUAUGUUCGGAAAAGGAGUUUAUUUCGCUGAUAUGUUUUCAAAAAGUGCUAAUUAUUGUUGUUCAACUAGAAAUGCCGCUUCUGGGGUGCUGCUUUUAUGUGAGGUUGCUCUGGGAGACAUGGCUGAGCUGCAAAGAGCAAACUAUCAUGCUGACAAAUUGCCACCUGGGAAGCUCAGCACGAAAGGAGUUGGUGCAACUGCUCCCAAUCUUUCCGAGGCUCAAACACUCGAAGAUGGCGUUAUUGGGGCUCUGUUGUACAACGAAUACAUAGUUUACAACGUGGAUCAGAUAAGGAUGCGUUAUGUUGUCCAUGUAAAGUUCAACUUCAAGUGAUUUGUAUAUAGAAACCAGUCAAGUUAAUUAGAUGUAUUUGGACUUUUUUGUUGAGAUUUAAUACGUUCCUGUUGUAUUAAUCAUGUUGGGGUUUUUUAUUUUUGUAUUUGCAAAUUAUUAUUUAACAAAUAAAUUAUAAUUUUGAUACUGAUAUAUUAAACAGCUAAAUAUAUUUACUUUAUUUUUUAA